AGUCAAAAGCUGAGUAAGAAUGAGUUUGAUAAGCUAUGCUGUCGUGUUCUUGGGAGGGAAAAUCUUUGGCUGCAUAAUCAAUUGAUACACUCAAUUUUGAAGAAUGCUUGUCAAGCUAAAGCUGCACCACCAAUUCCUACUUCAGCUCAAAGUAUUCCCAUUUGGUUUAAUGGAGGUUUUCCAUUGUCUCCAAGAAAGAGCCGGUCCGGGAUUCGUGACCGUAAACUCAAGGACAGACCGAACGGGAUGGUUGAAUGCAUCUCGCAUCAAUCAGCAGGCAAGAACGAUGGAAGCUGUAAAAUCACGAUGGAUAAUGACGUUGCAACUCUGUGUGACUAUCAGAGACCAGUGCAGCAUUUGCAGGGAGUUGCUGAAUUACCUGAAAACGAUAUCGAGGCUAGUGUUCAGCAACCAGCAGGAAAUCAUAUCUUCCCGGGACAGUCGAAUCGCUUGAGUUUACUUCGGAGUCGAUUACUUGCACCUCUUGGGAUUCCUUUUUGCUCAGCUAGUAUAGGCGGGGCUCGCAAAGCGAGACCUGUGGAUUGUGGGGGCGAUUUUAGCAUUAGUGAUAUUGGUCGUUUGUUGGAUACCGAGUCGCUGGGACGACGUAUGGAACAAAUAGCUGCAGGACAGGGCUUAGGCAGUGUUUCUGGAGAUUGUGCUAGUAUUUUGAAUAAGGUGUUGGAUGUAUAUUUGAAGCAGUUAAUUCGUUCUUGUGUUGACUUGGUUGGAUCAUCAUGGCCUGCAUAUGAGCCUGAGAAACCUCUUGCCCAUAAGCAGCAGAUUCAGGGGAGGGUUAUCAAUGGCCUGUUGCCUAAUAAUCAAUUACAUGGACGACAUAGCAAUGUCAAUGGCGAAGCUACGUACAAGCACAGAUUACAAUGCUCGAUAUCGUUGCUCGACUUCAAACUAGCAAUGGAGCUUAACCCGAAACAACUUGGGGAAGACUGGCCUUUGCUAAUGGAGAAAAUUUGUCUGCGUGCAUCUGAAGAAUGAAACGACUCUGAUCGAUCUAUUUAUCCCAUUCCACAGUUUGAUUGUCCCAUCACGUUUCAAAGGGAUCGAAAAUCGAUCUCGACGACCUCUCAGCUAUGCCCAUCUGUGUGAGUAAAAGUGCUGGCUUUAGAAGAUGAUGAGCAUGUCGAACGUCAAAAUCCACGCUCGUUCUUGGCAAUCAUUUAACUGUGACUA